AUGGAGACUCUGGCGGUGGCUCGCCGUGCCAAGAGAAGGAAGCCGGAGACACCCAAGAGCUCGGAACAGGAGGGCGAAGCAAACAUCUCGCCACUACCGGCGAUGAGUGCGCCUGAUUCCAAUCCUCCUAGAGCUGGAGGAGACGAAUCCUACAUCCAAGAUCCGCCGCCUGGAGCUGGUGGAGAAGAAGAAGAUGGGGUCGACCGAAUCAGCAGCCUUCCGGACGCCAUUCUGGGUGAUGUAAUUUCUCUCCUCCCCACCAAGGAUGCCGCCCGCACCUGA